AUGGAUGAGAACAAUGAGGGGGCGGAGUCAGAGGAAGUGGAUCGAAAGGGGGCGGAGCCUAUUUCUAGAGAAGAAGAAGAAGACGGACCGUCCACAUCAACUAUGACGCAAGAAAAACCGAGAACACCGACGGUUGUGCAGUUUACGAAGCCGAGUUUCUACCGAGUGAACACGGUGAUAAGCGAGGUGAAGGUGUGCCGAUCGAUGUCGUACGAUAUGUGUGGGAAUCAUCAGCAGGAGCUGCUUUUCGACUUGUAUAAAGAUGAGACGACGGGAAAAGUGUAUUUGCCAAGGUUUUUCAAGGCGCUUCUUGAAAGUGGAAUACGAAAAGACGAUCCGCGAAUCGAUAAAAUGAUACAAAACAUCAAAGAUGCCGAUCUAUUAGACGACUUUGUCUGGGGCACACAACACAUUUAUUUGGAGAAGGACACAUUCAAAAAGUAUAUCGGAAGUAGUAUCGGUGUGGUGACGAAAGCGUUGAAAAAACAGAUGAUCAUACCGGAUUGGGAGCGAUUCGUCGGCGAUAUGGGCGAGAUUUUCGAAGACGUGCGACAGUACGAUGACGGUGAACUCGCCACGUACAUUCCCCAGUUGUCACGUGUCCCACCGGAUAGUUGGGCGAUGUCGGUGUGUACGAUAGAUGGACAACGCAAGAGUUGGGGUGACUCGUUGAAGCCGUUCUGUCUGCAGAGUGUGUCGAAACCGUUCACCUACGCACUGGUUCAUGAUGAUAUUGGAGCGGAGGCGUUGCAUGCGCACGUCGGACAAGAACCGUCGGGAAGACUGUUCAAUGACAUUUGUUUGGAUCAUAAUAGUUUUAUGGAUGUUACGAAGUCAUAUGAACGUACCAUGGAUAAGCCAUCUUUUGAAGUUCACGCAUCCAAACCAAGAACCAAAAAACCACACAAUCCACUUAUCAAUGCGGGUGCCAUUGUUGUCGCCUCACUUCUCAAACAUCAGACACCUCUAGCGGAUCGAUUCGACUUUAUGAUCCACGCGUGCCGGAAGUUUGUCGGAAGUGGAUAUAUUGGAUUCAACAACUCGGUAUUCCUUUCCGAACGAGAAACCGCCGAUCGCAACUACGCCCUAUCGUACUACAUGCGGGAGCACAACGUAUUUCCCAAGGAUUUGAAUCUCCAGGACACUCUUGAUCUCUAUUUUCAAAUUUGCUCGAUUGAAACCAACUGUGACUCGUUGGCGGUGAUGGCGGCGACGUUGGCGAACGGUGGAGUGAAUCCGAUGAAUGGCGAGCGAGUUAUUAAUAAUCGUGCCUGCCGUGACACGCUCUCUCUAAUGUACUCCUGCGGAAUGUACGAUUGGUCGGGUCAAUUCGCAUUCCACGUGGGCCUUCCCGCCAAAUCCGGCGUCUCUGGUGACAUGAUUAUUGUGAUACCGAAUGUGAUGGGCAUCGCGUUGUACAGUCCGCGGUUGGACAAACUUGGCAAUACAGUGCGGGGUGUGAAGUUUGCGGAGCAGUUGGUGCAAAAGUACAAUUUCCAUAAUUAUGAUAGUUUGAUCUACUCGGACAACAAGAAAAUCGAUCCACGCCGCCAACUGAAAGACGAUCAUGACGGCCAGAAUAGAUUCAUGUACGCAACGAAACUCGGCGACAUCGCCGCAAUCAAACGAUUCCUUCUCAUGGGACACGAUAUUCAUUGCAAGGAUUACGAUAACCGUACAGUACUCCACGUGGCCGCCGCCGAGGGUGACGUCGUCACGCUGGAAUAUGUGUUGAGCAAAUGGAUGGAGGAUCCGGAUCCGCACGAUCGAUACGAUAGAACACCGUUGGACGACGCGAAACACUUUAACCAUACGGCGUGUAUUAAGAUGUUGGAGGAGGCGAUAACCGUGUUUAAUUUGAAACAACAGGAUGAUUAG